AUGACGGCUCCAAGCUACGAGGCAGUCACGAGAUUUAAGUAUUCAUCCGAGGACCCCAAAGACCGGUUUGACGUCCACAAUCCAGCGACUGGUGAAGUCAUCACGACAAUUCAAGGGGGCGGGCCGGCUGAGAUCGAUCGCGCCGUUCAGGCGGCAGAUGAGGCUUUUCACAAUGACUGGAGAUGGAGAUCUGCUUUUGAAAGGUCGCGACUCUUGCUCAAGGCAGCAGAGAAGCUAGAAGCGCAUUUCGAGGAGCUCGCCCGCCUUUUGUCGCUUGAGAAUGGGAAACCGGUCUCUCAGGCACGCGAAGGUGACGUUUUGUUCGUAAUUGGCAUAUAUCGUUACUUUGCAAGUCUCAUAGACAAGUUACCCCAUGAGGUCUACGAUCAAGGCGCGAUAUAUGCAACAGUGCUGCGCGAACCCUACGGUGUCAUCGGUGCGAUACUUCCGUUCAAUUGGCCACCCAUACAUUUCGGAGGGAAAAGUGCCCCGGCGUUAGCCACGGGCAACACGAUUGUCAUUAAACCAGGCGACCAGGCCCCGUUGACGGUGAUGCGGAUGGUCGAAAUCGUGUCGGAAGUGCUCCCUCCGGGCGUAAUUCAAGCUGUGCCUGCAGCCGGUAUCUCUGUGCCACAGGCCUUGGUACAACACCCCAAGGUCAAGAAGAUCAGUUUCACCGGGUCCACCAAAGCAGGCGCGGCGGUCAGCAAGCUCGCCGCCGAUAAGAUCACCCCCUUGACGCUCGAAUUGGGUGGUAAGAAUGCCAUCGUCGUCCUGGAGGACGCAGACGUCGACCUCGCGGUCCGCAAUGCAGUGGACGGCGGCUUCUUCAACCAGGGCGAGGCCUGUACGGCUUCCUCUCGGUUACUGGUGCAUACUUCACUGCAUGACGACUUCGUUGCGAAACUGUCCGCGGCGGUGCAACGACUCAAAGUCGGUGAUGGUGCCGAUGAGCAGACUCACGUGGGACCCGUCGUGACCAAGGCGCAUCAAGCAAGGGUUGAAGAUUACAUCCGCAUCGGCAUAGCCGAAGGGGCGACGAUAGUGGCACAAGCAGCCCUGCCGACCGAUCCACGACUGAAGAAUGGCUUCUAUGUCCAGCCGACCGUCUUUGCGGGCGUCACGAGAGACAUGCGGAUUGCCAAGGAGGAAAUCUUUGGACCGGUCGUGACGGUCAUCAAAUUCGAAACCACGGCAGAGGCCAUCGAAGUUGCCAACGAGGUCGACUAUGGCUUAGUCUGUGCCGUGUAUUCGAAAAACCUGACAGAGGCCAUGCGGGUCGCCCGCCAUGUCGAUUCAGGGAUGGUGUUUUUGAACAACUACAACAGGAUGGCGCUGGGAACGCCCUUUGGUGGCACCAAAGCCAGCGGGUUUGGGCGUGAACAUUGCAUCGAAACCCUCAAGGAUUACACCUGGGCGAAGAACAUGCGGUACCCGACAGGUCUCUCCGUGGUCGGUGAAUGGUCAAAGGUGGACUCUCUCUUCCUUCCUCAGGUGAAUGGAAAAUUAUGA